CACAGAAGCUGUUGUUCAACCAGCUGAUGACAGAGUCAGUCAGUCAGACAGCCUCAGGGGCAAGGAUCAUCUGCUGCUACAUGCUGACGUGACCGGAAGUGCCAGCGGAACACUGACUGCUCGAAAUCUGACUGUACAUCCCUGAUGUUGAUCCAGAAGGGAACACAACGCCUGCAGCCAGUGUAUGCGGAGCGUUAUGAUGCCGGACAGGAGCAAGGUGAUGGUGGUGGCAGAUAUCCUCUUCAGCAGGAGACUCUCACCUGAGGAGGAGAGGAUCCAUUGCUGCUGCUCCAGAGUCUUCGUACAGGACCGAGAGCUGUAUCGCUCGGAUAAUAGAUUGUUCUCAUUUGACCUGGCAGAAACUGCAGUCCAAGAAGCAGAUGAUGAAGAGGAGGCUGAGGAGGAGGAGGAGGUGUUGGAUGAAGAGGCUCAACUGAUGGCCAGCAUGGGUCUGCCUUUGGCCUUUGUCAGCUCUUCUAAGGACUUGAGAAAGGGGAAGAGGUCUAACAGGAAGCCUGCUACAUACUGGAAACAACCAGCUGAAGAGGAGCAAGAUCUACAGGUUAUUAACACAGUUGGUGACAAGGAAGUGUCUGAUCCUUUGGAGGAAGGAAUGAAGACCGGGAUAGUGGACGGAGGGACGGAGACACAGACCAUCUACGAUGCUGGCUGGGAAACAUACUGGACUCAACAGGGUGAAGCUCUGCUGUGGAGCAGCUGGCUGGAGAAACAUCCAGAGACUAAGCUGCUGUCUGCAGAAGAUCCAGAAACAGUGAUUGCUCCAUGGGACAACCCAGACUCAAAGGCUACCUGGGACCAACAUGCUGCAGAGACUUACUAUUACUACUGGGAGCAGUACUCAUAUUGGGCAGGGCAAGGUUGGACCACUGAGCAGUCCUUCUGUAAUGGGAACACUGGUGGAGAAACAAGAGAAGUGAAGGCUCUCCAUGAUGAUGUUGAGGUUUUAAAUGAUCUGUUAGGACAGAACUGCACGUUAGAGUCAGGAGGAAGCACUGUGACUGACAGACAGUGUGUGAGUGUGACGGGUAUCAGAGAGCAGCCAGAGGGAGAGGUCUGUGGCUCUGAUGAUCCUUCUGAUGGUGGGAAGGGUUGCACCUCCUCACAGCACAACACAGCAGAACAUACAGAUAUAGAUUCCCAGCAAAAUGAUUCCCAGCGGGCUGCUGGCAGCCUGGGCAGACAGUUUGGCUCAAGAAAUAAGAUGUCAGAUAGAGAAACUGAUGAUGAUGAUGACAAACCUCCUGGAAGACGACAUGCUAAAGUUAAACGCAGUCAUGAGCUGGAUGUGGAAGAAAGCCCACAUCUGACAUCGGAGGAAGCUUGGAGUAAACUGGGACUCAAACGUAACUCCUCUCCUCUGUUCGACAGCGUGUUCAGCUUUAAAGGCAGUUCAUGUCAGAAGCGUCAGAGGCAGCAGCGGACUAAGAAAUCAGUCAGCAGCAUCAACAAACACACCAGGCUCACAGAGGCGGGUGGAGACAACACACAGCCACAGAGCAGCACCACCCUCCACAAGGUCCAAAACUUCCUUGAAAAGAUCCAGAGAGAGACACAGAUGACUCUAUGUGACCGGAAUGAGAUGGGAGGAGGAAGCACACAGCACCCUGAGGAAAAGCCACCAUCUCUGGGAGAUGUGAUGGGAGAAGAGGACAAGAAGAGCAGGAAGAAUACUGUGGAUGAUAAUAAAGAAGCUGUGGAAGUGGAGAGUAUUCAUUGUCUGUCCAAUUUUGAUGCAGAAAAGAGAAAGUGCUCACAGCCCAAUAGUGAGAGAGAGGAGGAAGGGCAGGUGGAGCAGCCUGGUAGACAGUUAGCAUGUCUGGAAAUCCCUGACUUUCUCCUGUCUGAUGCAUCUGAAGGCCAUAGUGAUGGAAAGAAGCCAAAGAGGAAGUUUAAGCGAGGGCGGAAGCAGCAGGUACCUGCAGUGAUGGCGGCAGAACCGGACCUGGCUAAAUACUGGGCUCAACGCUACAGACUCUUCUCUCGUUUUGAUGAAGGGAUAAGGCUGGACCGAGAGGGCUGGUUCUCUGUGACACCUGAGAGGAUUGCAGAGCACAUCGCCCUCAGAGUGGACCACAGCUUCUCUGACUCUGAGCUGGUCAUAGAUGCUUUCUGUGGAGUUGGAGGAAACUCCAUCCAGUUUGCACUCACUGGCAAGAGAGUUUUGGCUGUUGAUAUCGACCCAGUACGGUUGGACUUGGCGCGUCACAACGCUGUGGUUUAUGGUGUUGCCGACCGAAUCGACUUUCUGCAAGGAGACUUCCUUCAGCUGGCACCCCGUCUCCAUGGUGAUGUGGUCUUCCUAUCACCACCAUGGGGAGGACCAGACUACCUGACCGCUGAGGUGUUUGACAUCAAGACCAUGAUGGAGCCUGAUGGAUUUCAGAUUUUCCACCUGGCCAAACUGAUAUCAGACAACAUAGUGUACUUCCUGCCUCGCAAUGCUGACAUGGAUCAGGUAGCUUCUCUGGCUGGUCCAGGAGGGAGGGUGGAGGUGGAGCAGAACUUCCUCAACAACAAACUGAAGACCAUAACUGCUUACUUUGGAAGCUUGAUAGAGUCAGCUAGUAGCCCUGGCAAAGUUACAGACCAAUAAGGAUUUCUUCCUCCACUAAAUGAGAAUGGAUCAAAACUCAAUUUCUAUUCUAUUGCUCUAUUUCUACCUUCAUACCACCAUUCUACCUACUGGACUGCGUUCACGUCAACAUUUAUUCACUUCAGGGAUCCAUUCAAGUACUUAAAAGUGCAACAGUUUGACUUACAUUUUUGUACUUUCUGUCAAUAAAGGGUUGUUUUAUGCAAGUAAAAAAUAUUUCAGACUGAAUGUGAUGAUCACAAGUAAGUUUGAACUGGCCAAGCCCUGUUAAAGCUGGUAUCCAAAAUGUAUUUUGUCUUCAUCUUGACCACCCUACACUACACUUUGAGUUAAUGCAGGUGGUUUUUAAAGAGUUUUGUGAAUCCCCCAGAUUAAGUUAACACUUGAAAAAGCUGGAAUUACUGGAAUUUACGUCAGUAAUUUAUAUUUUAUCGUUCUUCUUAUUGUACAUUACAACCAAUAAAUGUUUUUUCACAAA